AUGACCAUUAGACCCAUGAAGUUCAGUCCCGAGGUCCUCCUCGGAGCGCCCCGUCGCUCUGGCGCCGUCCCCAACGCUUCGGGUACUCUGGCAGUGUACACCCAGACGACCUACUCCUUCGAAUCCCAUUCCAAGACGAACGAGAUUCGCGUGAUAGAUAUCGCCACCGGUCGCUCAGCUCUGAUUACAAACGAUUCCGGAUCUAGUAAUCCCCAAUGGCUGGGUGAUGGCGACCAGCUAGUCUGGUUGAAGGCCAAAACAAACGGAAACACUGCGUUUAUCAUCGGAGACGCUCGUGAGGCGGAUAAGACGUAUACGGCGGGAACUGUCCCGGGACCUGUGUCGGAUCUCAAAGUCACAGUGAUCGAGCAGGGAAAGAUUGGGUUUGCGGUGACCGGCAAGGCUAAUCCGGAUGGAUCACUGUUCAACCCGCACGAUGCUAAGAAGCCGCUCAGCUCUGGACGGCUGUAUACUUCGCUUUUUGUGAGGCAUUGGGAUACGUGGGUUGAGCCGCAGCGGAACACCAUUUGGUAUGGGUUGUUUCAGCAAGCGCCGCUCACCCCGGCCAACAGGCAUGCUGGCAAGUAUUCUAUCUCUGGUCUAACGAACUUGAUCGCCGUCUCUGGAUUAGCUGGUGUCGAGUCGCCUAUCCCGCCUAUGGGAGGCGCGGGCGACUUUGACAUCAGUCCAUCGGCUAUUGUUUUCGUUGCCAAAGAUCCGGACCUAAACCCGGCACUACACACUUCAUGUUCGUGCUAUUAUAGCCCAAUGUUCUCGUGGACCAGUAUGGAUACGAUUGCGCCGCAGGCAAAGAUUUGCAAGGUGCAGGCGCUCCAGGGAGCCAUGUCUUCUCCUGUCCUCUCGUCGGAUGGUAGCUCGAUUGCCCUUCUUACGAUGGGCGAGGAUGGCUAUGAAUCUGAUAAGAACCGCAUACUAUACGUUCCUAACCCAUGGAGCGGUGAGAUGAUCGAAGUAUUCCAAUCGACUAACGGCAAAGGACUGUGGGAACUCAGUCCGUCUGGAGUGUCUUUUGCGCAUGACGACAAGUCUUUGCUUGUCCAGGUCGAGGAGAAGGGCCGUGGCGUUCUGUACCAGCUUCCUCUUGAGAACAUCAAGCAAGCCAAACCCGACUCGCUCAAGAAGCUUACGCAUUCAGGGAGCGUUACUGAGGUUCAUCCUGCAGCGGCCAAUUCGUCCAAGUUGCUGGUAUCAAACACGAGCUUUGUUGAUAACAGCUUAUGGACUCUUCUUGAUCCUAGCUCCCCUAACGAUGUGCGAAUUGUUUCGUCAGUCGGCCGCGGAGGAGCUGCUUUCGGUCUUUCGCCAUCGCAAGUGGACGAAAUCUGGUUCAGGGGAGGGGAGGACCAUCCUGUCCAUGCGUGGGUGGUAAAACCAUCCGACUUCAACCCCAGUCAUAAAUAUCCCCUGGCCUACCUGUUGCAUGGUGGCCCGCAAGGCGCGUGGGUUGACCAAUGGAGCACCCGAUGGAAUCCUGCUGUUUUCGCAGAGCAAGGAUACGUUGUCAUUACUCCGAACCCAAGGGGUAGUACUGGCUACGGCCAGCCGUUUACUGAUGCCAUCCGCAACUCCUGGGGAGGACUCCCCUAUGAAGAUAUCGAGAAGGGAUUUGAGUAUAUUGAGAAGAACCUGAACUAUGUCGACACCAGCAGAGCCGUUGCUCUGGGGGCAUCAUAUGGUGGCUACAUGGUGAACUGGAUCCAGGGUCAUCCUCUCGGCCGCAAAUUCAAAGCGCUGGUAACCCAUGACGGAGUGUUCAGUAUGACAUCUCAACUCGCCAGUGAAGAACUCUACUUCCCGAUCCACGACAUGGCCGGACCGCUCUGGAAGGUACCUGAAAACUGGGACCGAUGGGAUCCCUCCCGGUUUACCGCGAACUGGCAGACCCCACACCUUGUCAUCCACAAUGAACUUGACUACCGUCUCACCAUCGCCGAGGGCCUGGCAGCAUUCAACGUCCUGCAGGCGAGAGGUGUCGAAAGCGCCUUUUUGUCUUUCCCAGAUGAGAACCACUGGAUGUUGAACCCCGAGAACGCGCUUUUGUGGCACCAGACGGUACUCAAUUGGAUCAACAAGUAUGUUGGUUUGCCUCCGCUCCCUGGUACGUCUUUCGAAAUGUUUGAGUCGAGCAAGGGAGCACCUUUGGAAAAGUGUGCCGCUGGCAUGUCCUUGUCGUAG